GGGCUACGCCAUUUGGAUUUUGGGCGGCGGUCAUUGUCGUGAGGCACGCAGUUGUUUGAUGGUGAAACACCCUCACGUUGGCUUCUAUAAGAGGUAUGUUUGCUAUGUGUACGUGGGACUUACCGUUGAGGAGUCGCUGCUGGUUGGUCAUGAGCAUAACAAUACAGCAGGUUAUCACAAGAAGUUGACUUUCGUUCAGAGGAUGCGCUGCUGGAGGGAUGCUUUCGAAAGGAUGGGGUGUGCGAAAUCGAAUGAGGCCAAAAGGGCAUGUUUGGAGGCGCUUGGCAUCCCGACUUUUUCAUGGAACCAGAUUGGUCUCUGGGAUCCUCAGCUUCAGAUUUGCAUGAGAGGGCCACAGGUUUGGGCUUUGCUGUCUGAUAUUUUCACUUUGUGGGAGGAGGCAAAGAUCAAAGAUGUGAAGAUGAAGAAGGGCACGAGUGGUAAGAAGGUCAAGUCUCUUGAGGUUGCUGAGUCGAGUGAAUCCGGCAGUGAGACAGGGAAGGGGAAAAAGGGUGGAAGGCCAGUGAAAAAGAAUAAGAAAGAUGUUUGUCAGGAGCGUCUUUCUCUCAUGCCACUCAAUCAUUUGAUGUAUGUUUCUGAAAAGAAUGAGAUAGUGAGUGAACCUGCAGAUAUGCCUUGCAAACCUCUGCUGGGGAUGGCUGCGCUCGAUGAUGCUCUGGUGGUCCCAAUCCUCACAGAAGUUAAGAGUGGGGUCUUGUCGCUUGACGAGAUGAACCACAAGUUCACGCUUCUUAAGGUUCGUCAGAGGACAACUGCGGCAUUCGUGGAAGAGGUAGGGGCAGGCAGUUGGGAGGUUGCCAAGGAGGAGUUCCCUGUGCAUACGCACGAGGCUAUGAUGUCUCAGUACUAUAAGUUGUAUGAGAGGAAUGUCAAGGAAAUUCCUCUUGCUAUGCAAUUGUACAUUGCCAAGGCCCUCAACUACAGGGACAAGCUGCAGCAUUCACAACAAGAGAAGCAGACAACAGCAACACAAGAUCAUGAAGGCCUUCUCAUAAACUGGACUGCUUUUGAGGGGGAGGGCUAUAAGGGAACUGUGAAGGUGGCGCACUGCGACAUGCUCCAGCUACCAGAGAAAAUGGAGGACAGACUCCCCUUCACCUUGUGCAUUAUGGAUUUCCCAUGCGGCUACAACGUAGAGGGUUCUGUGGAUGAUGAGGCGCCGUUCAGUAGACCUCAGAUAGAAGGCAGCAUUGCGAGCUUCAAGAAGAUCACAUGUGCACCAUAUUGGGUUAUUGAUGGUUUCUACUCCUCUGACAUGCAUGCCGACUUGAAAUCUACAUUUUCAAAUGCUUGCAAUUGUGGGGUGGAGGUGGGCAUUUGGGUUGCUCCCAACAUUCGUACUUGUGCAGCCAGAACUCCCAACAUUCAGUUCCAGUUCAGCGACUUUGACAUGAGGAUGACCUACUGGAGUCACAAUGUGGUGGUGAGGAAGUUUACUUUUGCUGCAGACAAUGAGAUUUUGUGUCCCCACCAGAAACCGAUCUCCUUGUAUGAGUGGCUCAUCAAGAAGUUUUCUGACCUGAAUGACUCGUACAUAGUGGAUGUUUUUUCUGGAUCCGGAACUGGAGUCAUUGCAACACUGUUGUGUAAACGAAAUAUGCUGGUUGUUGAGAGCGAUCUGCGUUGUGUGAGGGGCAUCAGGGCAAGGUUGGCAGGGAGAGGCUUUGUGGAGAGCGCCACAAAGGAGAAAGACAGCCAAAGCCGCAUAGUGUCUGAGGGUUGGAGACACGCCUGAGGCUUCAGACAUGCAUGAGUUGAUAGGGACCUUCCAUUCGCCUCGCAUAGAUUUGAUGACUUGGUUGUGGCCUUGUUGCUUUGGUGUUUUUCUGGGGCACAUAUUUUUAAUAGACUCUCUUGGGACAUUAAUCACUUUUAAUGUUUGAGCUUCUUCCACCAAUGUUGCCAAGUACAUGGGAACUUGCCCACUUGCUUCUCUUGGGUAUGCUUAGAUAGUUGUGGGCUUUCUGCCUUACUGUUGGGACUUGCAAUGAGCUGGUUGUUGCACUUCGUACAUGCAAUGAAAUUUUCUUUGCCUA